UCAUUUUCGACCAAAGUAAAAAAGAUACUAAAACGCAAACGCGAAGUUUCGUUUUCUCACUCAAACAUAAAACAAAAAUCCCUAAUAUUUUCCACCGUUUUCGAAACCCCGAAUCAAAAUCAAAAUUCGUAAAAUUGGGUAACCUAACCCUAGUUUGUUAAUUUCUGAUCUGAAUUGCUGUGUUUUUUGACUAUUAGGUUAAGUACUCAAGUGAAGAAGCAAAAAACACAGAAAAUGGCAGAGAAAUUGGCACCGGAAAAGCGUCACAUCUUCCUCCACAACGGUCAAAAGGUUUUCGAAUGGGAUCAAACCCUAGACGAGGUCGAUAUUUACAUCAAUCUUCCUCCAAAUGUUCAUUCCAAGCUUUUUUACUGUAACAUUCAGUCCAAACAUAUUCAGCUUGGUAUCAAAGGCAAUCCUCCUUUUCUCAAUCAUGAUCUUAGUUCUCCCGUGAAGACAGAUUCUUCCUUCUGGACUUUAGAGGAUGAUAUAAUGCAUAUAACCUUGAAUAAAAGAGAUAAGGGUCAGACAUGGGCUUCUCCCAUAUUAGGUCAAGGUCAGUUGGAUGCUUACUCUACUGAUUUAGAACAAAAACGCCUCAUGCUUCAAAGAUUUCAAGAGGAGAACCCGGGUUUUGAUUUUUCACAAGCUCAGUUUAGUGGAAACUGCCCUGAUCCAAGGACCUUCAUGGGUGGAAUUCGAUCAGAUUGAUCUUUGCCAUAUGAGUUUGUAUCUAAUUACCUGCUGUAAUGUAAGAUGAUAGUCAGAUUAAUAAUCUGUGUAAUCUCUCUUGUCUCCUUGUUUGAUGCCGUUUAAUUUAAUUAUAAAGCAAUCUUACUAAUUAUCUGUGUAA